CUCCAGCCAACACAUUGCAUCACGAUACCUUGCAUAGAAUCUCUUUGGACUUAUAAAGGCUUCUCACCCUUGACCGAUACAUAUUUCGUCAGUAGCAAUUUCUUUGCAUUCAAUUUCACGUCACAGACUUCAGUCGUUUCACGAGCAGAUGACGUAUGGCCGACACGAUUAUGCUACAUGAAGGUGGUUAGACGACCAAAAAUAUAUGCAUUUGUUUCGUGUUGGCACUUGGGACGCGGGAACACGUCUACCUUGCAUUGGAAGGAGAUACGGUGCGUUGGUAUGUCCAAUACGAGACCAUCGAAUAUCGAGGCUGAUAUUAUCACGUCUCUGGCAAAUUUUUUAUUUGAAGCGAUUCGCAGCAUGCAAUCCGCUUAUCUUCCAUUCGCCUCCUGCUGCAGCUGUAGCUGCCUGAACCCUCUUUUCGAACAAUUCUUCAGGACGAUGCGCUGGAAACGCUUGAGUGACCACGCUAUCGGGCCCGCGCUACAAGAUUGCCAGCCGGACUUUGACCUCACACUCUCGUUUGACUUUAUUGCUUCUGCUCAUGCCAUUGCGGGGAUGGUGGGCCUGGGUACUUCACGUACUUCAAGCAAGGUUACCCUUAAUCUGAGGAAGAUCAUGUCCUUCGUCUAUUCCAUCUCUCAGGAAACGCACGAAGACAAGCCUCCCUCCAAAGCUCUUUCCGUAAUCGUCAUCUUAAAUCUAGAUGCCCUCUCCUUGUCUGAACACUUGCGGUCUCCUAGAAGCUCUGAUAGAGUAAAUACCUACCUCUUUUUCUCCAUUGCGUUCGAUGCUCUGCAAGUCUGGACCUUGUGGCUUCAGUUCAACCUCGAACUUGGCGCUACCCCAUCAACCUGUCUUAGUAUAUAUCCGCUGGAGAAGUAUCAUGCCCUAGCACCAGACAUCGCCAUUCCCAUCCUUCAUCGCAUCGCUAUUAUAUGCUUCCGUUACACGCGGCCAGCACUUUUCCAAGCCAUAGUUGCCAUCAUGAAAGAGUCUGCUUUUGGAUGCUGUCGCAAUGAUGGCCGUUGUAUUAUUUCAGCGACAAGUCUUCUAUACUUUACCCUGACUGUGAGCAUUGCAUACUACCAAUACAAGAACUAUACAGUUGUCACCGAACUUCCCCGGGCAUUAGACUAUUUGCUGUUCGCGGAGACAUUGGCAUCGCAACACGAUAAUUUCAAUGGAACAGCACCGAUCACCCCUAUGAGAGUUGACGUGGAUGGAGCAACUGCUGCAGUUUCUACCAUGAACAAUCUAUGGACUGGUUUCACUGAGAUAUGUGUCGUUCUAUCAGAUCUGAAACAUCAGAUUGGAAGCAUUUGCAUUGUUUCGGUGGUUUGCUGCGUCGAUCUCUCGGGAAAUAGAGUCAAGACAAGCCAUAAUAUCGCCCACCUCAUUCCUACUAGAAUCAUAAAAUCUAUUAAAUUAAUGGGUUCCAUGAAGUACAUGCUCACCGAUCUUCAGGUGCUCCGAGAUCUCAAGAUCCACAAAUCGAACCCCAGAAAACUUACGGAAUGUGUUGUAGCCAAUCUUCCUGAUUUCUCUGCUCCUGUCAUCACGUUCGCAGUGUUUGCAGCACUCCCCCAGAGUCAAAUUUCGAUCAGCAAAGCAUUCGCGUCACUGCCGCUUAUUCCCUUAAUUGAGCAGUUUUCUAUCUCCUUCAUAGCUUCAUUGCAAGGACUCGCUGCUUUUCUCAGCUGCUUAAGCCGACUUGAAAGAUCCCUCGAAUCUGCUCAUCUUGCCCCUAGAAACGAGAAACUGUCAACCAGACAAAAAUUCUUCAUCGGAAAGCCCAGUCUGAUGUAUAGGAUUACGCCGAGGAGGAGAGACUCGCCUCAACCCCAAUCUAAGGGGCCAGCUAAAUGCUUGCAAAGGCCGUCCCAUUAUCUUGACAAAGAAGUAGCAAGCCCAAUGUUCGUCUUUCGGGUGUUACUCACAAGACUGUGGUAUUUCCAUAGCACCUUCAUUCACCAUGCCUUCAGCGUCCCAGGCAAACAGAGGUUUACUAUCAAAGAUAUCGAACUUACUGUUGAAAUCCCGUCCUUCAUUAUAUUAGCGAGUCUUCAGGAUCCGAUUGCUGUGCAUUACUGGACCCCAUGGUUUUGUAAUCGGGCCACGAGAGGCAUGAUAAUUGGUGAGAUGGAGCAUGAUGCUCAAUGGCACGCACGUGCAGCUCAGGCUGGUGCGUUGGAGUGGCAAUUUGAGUCGAUUAAAGAACGAGAUGGGUCAAGCGGCGUCCCUAUCUUCAAAAAUUCUUGCCUCCUACGCCAGUGUGAAUAUCACGGUAUUGCCAAUGUCAAUGCCGACACGCAGGCACUCGUUCGAGAUUAUAUUAGCGGUAUGGGUCCGAAGACGGAAACCCGUUUUUGUCACAGCCAUUUGAGUCAUGAUAGUACGUUUAAGGGUAUGAGGAUGACUAUCAUUGGGGAAAGUCAUUUAGGCAAAUAUUUCCAUUCACCAUUCUACAAACGUAGGGAACUUUUCAUCGCCAGGGAAUACUUUGCGUUUCAUGAAUCAAGUCGGCACAUCAAGACCAAUUUUAACACCCUAAAAUCAAAGAUUAAGAAAAUUGCAAAGGGAUCGAAGCCUCAAUCGUAUCAACUAACUGGUGCAGCUUCCUGGGAUUCUUCAACAGCCUGUACAAUCACUACAUUAUUUCGGCCAGCUGGUGGGGAUUCGCGCUAUUCCUUGACAUUCAUGCAUCCGAUGCAGCAUUGGAAAAUUGUGCAAGUCAAUCUCUUCUUCUCUUCGCCUCCUUUGCUUGUCUUAAUUCACUUGUAUCUAGCCGUGUGGUUGGAGCAAUGGUCUGAGGCGGAAGGGACUCGGCCAAAAGCAAGGACGUUUCACUACAGUGACACUGAUUGGGUUGAUUUCCGUCAUUGGAUCAAUUUGGCCCGUGUCUUGAAAUUCAUUCCCAUUUCGCAGCAGAAUUUGUAUAAUUAUCUUCUGGAUACGGCUGUUCAGUAUCGGAGUACGAGGCAAGCGAUGCAUGAUACCGAUGAUACUCACAGCUUUGCUCAAGAUAUACAGUAUAUUGACCAAGAUCUUCCUUCAGUAACGAUGAAAUCACUCCUUGCCCGUUCUUCGCUCUACUCUAUUUUCCAAGAAUCAACUGAAGGGCUCGACAACAUCAUAGUAUCUUACUAUCUUCUCCCCGGUAUUCAGCGAUGGCUUAUUCUCUUGCUAGGAUUUAUGGUCGGGCUAUGGCACCUCUACUCAACAUUGGCCUGCGAAGGGGGGUAUCGAGGUUUCCAACAACCGACAUUGUCAUUUAAAAUCGCACCAGGAACCAAAUUUGGCACCUGCGGACGUACGGGAAGCAUGUCUCUUAUUGAGUCCGUGGCUACAGAAGAAUCACCACCGACGGGCUCCCUCGCACUGCAUCCCUCUGUUGAUUCACUGUUCUCGGCUCGUUGCUCUCACCUAACAGCCCUACCAACUCGAAGGUUCAACCCAAUUUACAAUGCGCUCGCGAGAUUCUGUCUCUGGAACUUGCUGAAUCAUUAUCCUAUGACAGCCACUGCGACAACGACCGUAGCCUCUAACCGCCUGAACUCAUAA